AUGUUCGGAAUGACGUCAUGGUGAUUUGACAGCGAAGGUCACCUUCCGGUGAGAUUAAUUUACUUCCCGGAUGCCAGACUGAAGCCAUUUUGGGAAGACGCGAGUUGGACAGAAUCCCUCUCAGAUCAGCGGAUACGUGAUCAGCAGCAGUAGUGAUGCCUGUGAAGAACAAGUCGCGGGAGGGCGGCCAGUGGCGCCGUGCCCAACGCAUGGAACAGGGAAAUCCGGAGGCUAACUUUGAACUCGAUUACUUAGAUCAAGGGUUUAGAAGCGAGGCGUCACUGUCCUUAGCGGCGGAAAUCGGCGAUUCGGCGGCUUCUGAUCAAUUCCAGAGGGAGGUUGCCAACAAGACUCGAACAUUGUUGAUUGGUCGACAGGAAGCGGAAAUGGAAGUGUUAACGGAUAUGAUAGUGAGCAAGACCGGAAACUUUGACAGGGCGCUUAUUUAUGUUUUGGGACAUUGGAAGAACGAGUCAAAGAUCCUGGUGAUGGUGAACAGCCUGAUCCAUCGGGGCGCAAACACUUCCGCCGCGGACGAAUCCCUCAAGACCCCUCUACACUUCGCUGUCGAACAAGGACUAAAAGGUGUGACCGGCAAGCUACUUGAGAAUGACGCCCUGCCACACUCCCGGGACAGAGACGGACGCCUCGCUCUGGAGACCGCCCUCAAAAAUGAGAAUGACGAGCUCGCCGCCCUCCUUCUGGCAUACAUGCCCAACAGAUUUGUCCGGGGUCUGUUUCUGUCUGACAACAACAAGCCAGCCGAGUUUUCGCUCCACAAACUUAUUAGAUCGGAGAAAUUGCAGCGGACGGUGUUGUCGGUGCUGGACUGUACCAUCGAGUCGCAGGGUUCUGCGAACAGUAUCAAGGUUUAUUACGGCGCCCUAGAGGCGGACGAAGCUGGGCAGCCACCCGAUCACCCAGAGUUCAAAUACACCGACAAAUCCUGCCUGCAUGUUAUCGCUAAACAAGGAAAUAAGAACAUUGUGUACCAUGAUGCAGUCCGUUUACUCAUUCGAAAAAAGUGGAAAUUGUAUGCUCAGAAAAGAUUUCUGUUAAACACAGCCUUCUACAUGCUUUCGCUGUUCUGCAUCACGUUCGCAGCGGUGACGUCAGUGAUGGCGCCGGACCCAAAGAUUUAUCAUGGUACCCUGCACGUGAUACGAGCGGUUUGCGAGGUCCUGUUGCUCGUCAUGGUCGGACUCACAUUGCUCACGGAAAUCAAUCAGUUGAGAAGGCACCGCCUGGAGUAUUUUCACGACGUCUUUAACUGGUUCGACUUCUCGGCCUCGAUUCUUCUUGUGGUUGUUGUCCCUCUUCGCUUUACGGAUAAUAUUGCACAGUGGCACGUGCUUGCAAUCGGAUACAUACUUUGGACAUUGCGCAUAUUCAAAUAUGCUGCUGUGUUUAGACAGAGCGGUGCCUACGCCCUGAUCCUGUCCCGGAUUCUGGUCUAUGACUUCAUGCAGUUUAUCUUGGUGUUCAUCGUCAUCCUCCUCGCGUUCUCCGUGUCCUUCUAUCUCGCUCUCCGAGGAGACUCUGGGCUCAACAUCCACGAUGAGACCAGCACGUUCUGGGGGAUUCUGUUUGUGGGUGUUCGGUCCCUGACGGAGGCGGCGCCGGUUGUGGAGUACGCCGGCGAUAAUGGAUACGGCAUCUUGAGCAUGAUAUUGAUGUUGUGUUUCCUAUUCACGUGUAUCGUGAUCCUGCUCAACAUCCUGAUCGCCCAGGUCACGGACACCUAUCAGAAGGUACAGCAGGACGCACAGCGAGGCCUCGAGGUCAACCGCGCCUGGAUUGUCUCCAGGGUAGAGCUCAACUCGUGCAUCUUUGGACAUCGCUAUUUCAACCGGAAGACACACUACAAGGAAUUUGAAGAAAUCAAGGAUCUGAAAUCCGUUCUGGACAAGUGGGAGUCGCCUCCCCUAAACGAAAUGAGCAAGUACGUUCGGGACGUCUGGGACUCGAUAGACUCCCAUCGCCUGUCCCUUCUCACCGUCCAGCAGCGACUCGCCCGCCAGGAAAACACCCUCAGAGACAUACAGGAGCAACUGAGCUGCCUGGUGGAGGCGGUAGGUCAAGGUGGAGUACGGCCUCGCCGCAGCGACACAGAAUAUGGACCAAAUACUGAACGGCCUCGAUUUUACCGCAGCGAUACAGAAGAUGGCUCAAAUACUGUACGGCCUACAAGAUUGGGGAGGGAAAGUUAAAUCUAGUAUGGAGUGGAAAACAUUUGUAUGUAAAAUGCAAAUUAAAAACUUGUUUAAUAAAAUAGUUUCGGCACAAUCCCACUAAUUCUUGCUAUUUAUACAGUCUUGAGAGAGAGUAGGUUUUCGUGACUGUAAAUGGCGACGAUUCGGCGUAUAAACAGCUAUUAGAGUCAGAAUCAUCACUACUACUCAUGUACGCAAUGAGGGUUGUUGGUUCUACAUAUACAUUUUUACGAGCGAGUGUCGUGUUGCAAUUGGUAACUUAACUCUUGUACAUGUGUAUUAUACUAACAGUGUUGACAUAACACAUUUAUGAGCCAACAAAGAGUUCACACGAUACCUGUAUUGAUAUAAUCCUAGCCUUGGGAAUGGAACACAACAGUUGUUACGCUAUAUGGACGCGAUUCAGACGUAAGAUAUUAAUGUUGAGUACGUUUGUCGUUUAACAUUACGAACGAUGAGUUUGAUAACGUAUGUCCCCGUUAUACAAUAUUAGUGGUUUAUGUGUACUUUCUUGUUUCCAUAAUCGAUAUUUUGCAACGGGCGUUGUCGCCAUUCAAGAUUCAGUUUCGGAAGAUACAAUCUGCUUUAUUAUGCAAAAAUACAAAUUGUCACAAAGCUUCUGAAUUCCUCAGUCCAAUGCUUAUUUCCCAGAUAAGCAACUUUCUUACCGUGAUGAUCUAAAAACCAAAGGCAAUUGGAAUAGCCGCUUAUUAAAAACAUCUUAACCUUAAGACCUUUUGUGUGUUUGACUUUGAGAUAGGCAUGGGUUUUGUGUGUCGCCUUGGUGACCCACAUUUCGUCAACAUGCUUUUGUUUGUUUGGCAAGCAUGGCGCAUCUGCAAAAGCCAGGGAUUAUCCUUUGACAUUGUGGUAUGACCUGAGUAGAUGGAGGAUUAAAGGCGAAGAUGCUUGUGUGUUCGUGUUGCUUUUUGCGAUAUACAGAAAAUUGGAGCGAUCGCAGCGAGAUCGCAGGCAUAGAAAGCUCGUAUCUUCUUCUCAAGAUUGCCAGAAGGAACACGAACUUAUUUGGUGUUCGCAUGUUGUUUAUUCAUAAUGAUCAACAAGAUGGCACAUUUUGGUACUGAAUUUGCCUAAUUAAUUAUAUAUUGUUAAGAGCAUAUUAAAAUGACACUCUUAUUCAAAAUCAAUACAUACACAUGUAUAACAAACAUCAAUUUGACUGAUAAACUAACUGCUUACUAAAUAAUGCAUUUUAUUAAACUAUUGUCUUUAAAAAAAUAAAAAAGUUAUAAUUUAUGUGCAAGUCUGUAAAAAUAUGUGAACGAUCAAAUGGCAAUGUUUCAGAUUUUUUUUCAUGGGAGUUAAACAGGGGAAUACAUUAUAAUCACUAUUGUUCAUUAUCUUUAUAACCGAUAUGUCUACCAAUUUAUAUGAUUAGGAUGGUGCUGAAACUAUUACACUCAACGAACUGUAGAUAUUCAUUUUGUUGUUUGCAGACGAUAGAGUAUUGUUUCCAUACUCUACAGCAGGAUUACAAAUACUCUUUAACAAGCUUCAUGGUUAUUGCAUUAAAGAAUACUAGUAGUUCUGUUAAUACCAAGAAAACUGUACCAAUUGUUUGAAAUUCGGAACACGAGUUGAAAACUAUAUAAUAUAUAAUAUUCAUUAUAUUUUACGAUAAUACAAGGCUUUAUGAUGUAUCUAAAGUUACAUCUUCAAUUGGCAAAUUUUAUUAGUCGCAACCGACUUUAAUAGCAGACUAAGCAUUUAAAGCCAUAUAUUCGUAAAACUCACUAUUUGACGUUGUUCCACUAGGAUAAUUAAAAAACUUAAACUAUAUACAGCAUGAUUGCCUAUUCUUAACUAUGUAGCAAAACUACUGGGAUUUCAUAUAGCUCAUGAGAUUUAGAAUGAAUAUCUUAAAUUUCUGAAUAUAAAGUGUAAGGAUUUAAACUAAAAUUGUUUCUUUUUAUAGAGAGCUUGGGUGGGUUCAUACAUGCAGUAAAACUACGAAAUGGUCAAGCUCAAAAGGCCUACCAUAAACCAUAGUUUCUUGUCUGUGUUUGACAAAGUUCAUAUUGAUGUCAAAACCAAAUUAUCUUUGUUUGACGCUAUGGUCUUAAAUGUAGAAUUCGUGACCAGUUUAUUCCAGAUUUGAAUGCUUCUAUAAAUGGUAUGUAAACUUACAAAAAAAAUGUUUUGAAAACCACACGACGGGCAAUCAUUGGAGCCAUAACUUUUUGUCAAGUGUUGAAAAUGCUCAAAUUCGUCUUCCGUUAUAGUGCCAAUGAGUGGAAUAUGAAUGUAAACAGUGGGUAUGGUUUCUUAUUUUUCAUUUUUAAAAGUUUGUACGAGUAAAUUGAUUUUCAAAACAAAAGUUUUCUUUAAGUUUACAAUACAAUGCAAGUUUUGGCAAUGUUGUUCUGCAAAGAUGAUAGAAGACGAGUAUUAUUUUAUGUUAUGUUGUACAAUAGAUUGAGACAAAUAUACCUAGGCAACACCACUUGGUCUUUUAUAAAUAUGUUAAAAUCUUCAUUUCUAAACAAAUCAGCUAGUAAAUUACUAAAUACUGUUAAGUUUAUAAGAUUUGCAAUGGAGAUA